AUGCUAGCUCUUCUGGACUUUUACAGAGAUGACAUGCCACAGCCAGACAUGUUCGUACAAGAGGUCCAGCUCUGGAAACAGACCUGGAGGAACACGGAAAACAAGCCGUCGACUAUUGUCGAAACAUUGACCGAAACAUGCCAACAUAUGUAUCCCAACAUAUCGAAAGUGCUUACACUGUUGCUUUUAACUUCUGUGACAUCAGCAGGAGUGGAACGGUCCAACUCGUCAUGGAAAUUCAUCAAGAACCCGCACAGGAGUACCAUGGGCCAGAGCCGGUUCAACGCUCUCAUGCUACUCUUCAUUCAUAGGGACAUAAAAUUGGAUAUUGAGGAAAUUGUGAACAUCUACGCCAGGAAAUAUCCUAGGCGCAUGCUACUGAUAGAUCCAUUGUGCGAAUAG